GCCUGAAAUUACUUUCAACACAAAGCAAAUAUCAUCUAUAACUCGGCCGAGAGAUAUUAUCGACGUCAUUGUGUUCCUGUCAAAGCGUAUUCUCCAUGACAUCACUGAACUCUCUAGAACCUCGGCCCACGAAGUCUUCACCAAAAGUGGCUAAGCCCAACGAGUUAAAAUUGGUAGCUAUUUAUAUCACAAGACCCUGAAAUCUUGCGAAUUCUUAGGCCUGGGCCCUUCUGGACGCAAAUCGAGGCUAUUGAGGCGCUGUGUUCAAUUGAGACAGGACCAUGAAAAAUAGCCUAAAUAAGGCGAUGACCUGGCGGAAGGGCCAUGCAUUCGAAAUGCCGAGUUCCGGACGGCACGUAGAAUACGAGAUUUGGGGAUCGUGACCCUCAAGUUCCCCACAAACAGCAAGACUUCUGGGCGGAAACGUGAGGGAUCGGCGAAUGAGGCGAUCGACAUGCGCUCCAGCAUUUUCUGGGGACAAUCGCAAUACAAAAAGGGAGGGUUUCCUCAAUGGGAGCUCAUUCUUCAUCUCAGUAACAACUCAACCUGACUACCAUUCAACACUACAAUUCCUCUCUCAACAUCAACAAAACACCAACCCUUUUCUUCAAAACCACCAAGAUGAAGUUCUUCACCACCGCUCUUCUCUCCGCUGCCGCCGUCUCUGGCUACGCCGUCUACGAGGUCAAGGACUUCACCGCCAGCUGCGUCCCUCACAGCACCUUCUGCAACUAUGAGUUCAAGGUGAUCCAGUCUGGAAGCAUGGAGACCUGGAAGACCCCCGUCCACUGCUCCGCCCACGUCCAGUCCGCCAACUAUCUCCUCCCUGACGUCAAGGACGCCAAGUGUGAGGACUCUUCUCGCACCUUCUCCGUCAAGCGCAGCAAGAAGGGCUUGACCUUUUCUGUCUCUCAGCCUGUCAGCCCCAUCAGCAACACUGUUGGAAAGCACUUCAUUCCCAACAAGCAGCUCUGGCAGUCUAAGGAGCCCAACGCUGAGAUCCAAGCCUACAAGGGCCCUAAGGACUUCAAGCUCAACUCUACCGACUAAACGGGAUUUGGAUGUUGCUGAUUUGGAAAUUACUUCUUUUUCUCUUUUGAAGGACGCAGGCGUGUUAAUCGUAUUUGAACUAUAUUUUAGACUAGACUAUUAGGUAUAUCUCUAAGCACCAAAAUUUCGCUUCUCACUAUAUGCCUCCG